AUGCUAAGCAAGCAGCCAGCUAGAUGUGAGUGUGGACCAAACAGAAAACCAAAGAGUCACAAUGAACACACAGGAGAACAUGACGAUGAGAGGGAUGGCGAGGAGGAGGAGGAAGAGGAGGAAGAAGCCGGCAUGAGACGGAGAGGUCCUCGCAAGAGGAAGCUGAGCCAGGCCCGGCUGGACCGGGUCCGGCUGCGGCGCAUAGAGGCCAACGCCCGGGAAAGGAACCGGAUGCACGGUCUGAACAACGCCCUGGACAGUCUGAGGAAGGUGGUCCCCUGCUACUCCAAGACGCAGAAACUGUCCAAGAUAGAGACCCUUCGCCUGGCCAAGAAUUACAUCUGGGCCCUCAGUGAGAUCUUGAGUACCGGGAAGAGGCCGGACCUGCUGAGUUUCGUUCAGACACUCUGCAAGGGUCUCUCCCAGCCGACUACCAACCUGGUGGCCGGUUGUCUGCAGCUCAACGCCCGCAGUUUCAUCCCGGAGCCCGGUGGGGAGUCCUUCUCCUUGUACCCAGCUUACCACCACCGUGGAGCCGAGGCGGUGGGCUCCAACUCGUCUGACAGCAGCAGGCCCCUGCGGGCCUACGGCUCCUACUGUGGCCCCUACGAGGCUCUGUACGAAAGCCCGUCUCCAGACUGCUCCAGCCCCCUGGACGGAGGGGCCCUCAGUCCCCCCAUCAACUUCAACGGAAUAUUCUCCCUGAAACACGAGGAGCCGGCGGACUAUCGGAGCUGCCACUACAGCCUGCGUUACUGCUCUCUCAGCCAGGGGCCCUCCGCAGACAUUGGGCCCUACGACAUCCACCUCCGGGGCCAGUUUUACCCCGUGCAGGACGAAUUAAAUACGCCUUUCCAUAAUUAA